UUCAAACACUUACGCUUUGAUUGAAGUGCUUUGAUAAACUCGCUCUGGCUUCUUUUAAUUUAUUUAUUUAUUUAUUUAUUUUUUCUUUUCAUUUCACUCAUUAUUAAAGCGAUUGUAUGAACGAUGGCAUUGAAUUGAAAGUUGUAAGAGAGCGGUUUUAUUAUCUUUUUCGUUUAAAGAAAUUACACCGCAAAAAUUGCUGGCGAUUUAGUCAACUUUCAAACGUGUGGCAAGCUAAACGGUUUCCAUUUACCCGUGAACGGCAAAACAAUACAAUAUAAAUCUUUAGAAAAUUUUCUUUAUAUAAACUAUGUAUAAAGAAAUGUUAUUUCAAAUCAAGAUAAUAACAUUUCUUCUAAUAGCCCUUGUAAUAUGCGGCGAGUGCGUCGAAGCUAUGAAACGUAAAACAAUUUCGAUAAAUGAAGAGCAAGAACAACUGAUAAGACAAUCGCAGAGUACUUUUGCUCAGUGGGUUUGGUCUCUAUUACCACAAGCACCCACACUGGAAACAAUAGGUCUUAGCUUAAAUGACUCUACAAUAACAGUAACUGAGGAGACUACGACUACCGAAGCGCCUUCUUCAGCUGCUAUAGCAACAACAACAACCACAGUUGUAUCGUCCUCCGUCGUAACGCAGACAUCGACAUCGGCUCCUCCGCGUCCUCCUACUACGCCUCGCCCUGAAUUGGAUCCGCCGCGCAAUUGCUCGGAUUGCGUUUGUGGUAUAGCGAAUACACAAAAGCGUAUUGUUGGCGGUCAGGAAACAGAAUUGCAUCAGUAUCCUUGGAUGUGCAUGCUUUUGUACGGUGGACGCUUUUAUUGUGCGGCCACUCUCAUAAAUGAUCUAUAUGCACUCACAGCCUCACAUUGCGUCUACGGAUUUCGUCGUGAACGCAUUAGUGUUCGUUUGCUGGAACAUGACCGUAAAAUGGCAAAUUUUCAAAAAAUUGAUCGUAGGGUAGCGCAAGUUAUUACCCAUCCAAAGUAUAAUGCCAGAACCUAUGAUAAUGAUAUCGCCAUUGUCAAAUUGGAUAAACCGGUGGAAAUGACCGAGUUAUUGCAUCCGGUUUGUAUGCCGACGCCGGGCAAAUCAUUUAAGGGUGAAAUUGGAAUAGUAACGGGCUGGGGAGCCUUAAGGGUGGGCGGUCCUAGUUCCGAUACCUUGCAGGAAGUGCAAGUGCCUAUAAUGUCUCAAGACGAUUGCCGUCAAAGUCGUUAUGGACCUUCACGUAUCACUGACAACAUGUUAUGUGCCGGCUAUGAAGAGGGAAGCAAAGAUAGCUGCCAAGGUGAUAGCGGAGGACCAUUGCAUAUUGUCGCCUACGGUACAAGAGAACAUCAAUUAGCCGGGGUGGUCUCAUGGGGUGAAGGUUGUGCAAAAGCUGGUUAUCCCGGUGUAUAUGCGAGAGUUAAUCGUUAUGGUACCUGGAUAAAAACCAUGACCAAAAAUGCUUGCCUUUGCCACUCAGAAGUGAAAAAAUUUAAAAAUAAAUAAAAGAAAAAG